AGGACCAUAUGUUCCGUUUAUACGGUUGGCGCCUGAAAAGCGCCAAAUUGAAACAUACCAAACACUACCGAUCCAGCUGACUGAUGGAAACCAGCACCACUCAGAACUAGUCUGAUAUACGAACCUUUAACGUUGAUCGAUGUGCUAACUUGUCACAGCAGCGUCGCAGGGAAAGCCGGUUUUUGUCAUGGAGGAGCUCUUCAACAAAGUGUUGCAGGUUAAUCUUAGAUGCAGGGACUGCGAGGAAAGAAAGACAAAUGUUCGUGUCACAAUUGAACUUCAGGUGACAACGAGUCCAGUGCACAAAAGAGAUCUUCUAGUACGGAUAACAGAUGACAUAGAUCCAUAUUUUCUCUUCAACCUUGCAAUAUCAGAAGAGGAUUUCCAAAGCUUGAAAGUCCAGCAGGGUCUACUGAUAGAUUUUGCAUCAUUUCCUCAGAAGUUUAUUGACCUGCUUAACCUGUGCAUUUCCGAACAAACGUCAGAGAGUCCAAGAUUUCUUCUUCAUUUGUCAUGUCAGUCUCCAGUGCUAGAAGGUCCCGCCAACUUCAGCGUCAUAGAGACAAACGCGUUUAAGCACCUUAACCACUUGUCUUUACGGCUUUCUCAAGCUUCUGACAAAGAGGUUAAAGAUUACCUGGCAGUUUGUCUCUCCUCUCUGAAGGCAGAGAAGCAUGUCCUAGAAAUGAAGCUCAAGACGACUGAAGACGAUCUGACCAGGCAGCUGAAUUAUGCUCAACAGACGCUGUCUGAGAAGACCAAAGAGUUGGACAAACUGCGCUCAGAGUGGACGACUCAGACCAGCUCGCUGUCCAGCCUUCAUUCUCAGGAGCUGCAGCUGGAGAGGGACAAGGCUCUGGAGUUACAGACCAGGUUACAGCAGCAGACAGAGCAGCUUCGCCAGGAGCUGGAGAGUGCUCAUAAAAAGAGCAGCCAUCAGCUUAACAGUAGACUGACAGAGUUGGAGGCCUCGUGCAGAGAACUGACUGAGAAGAAAUACAAGAACGAGUCUGCCAUCCGAGACCUGAAGAUUAAACUAGUUGGUGCAGAUGAGGAAUGCCAGCAUUUAAAGCAGCAGGUCCUGUCUCUCAGGAGGGAAAACAGCACCCUGGACACAGAAGUCCAUGAGAAGGACCGUUUGGUGAGCCAGAUGCAGAUGAGAGUGGCUGUUCUGGAACAGGAGGUCAAAGAUAAGGAUCAGUUGAUGAACCGCACCAAAGAAGUAUUGGAAGCCACUCAACAGCAGAAGGAAUCGGUGGAAGAAAAUGCAGAAAGUAAGGAACUUCAGAUUCGAAAACUUGAAGCUACAGUGAAAUCACUUUCUGAGGAGCUGAUAAAGGCUAACGGUAUCAUUAAGAAGCUGCAAGGAGAAGUUCGAACCUUAGUUGGAAAAAUAAAAGUCAAAAACACUGUGACAGUGUCACAGGAAAAGAUUCUCCAGGAAACUUCAGAGAAACUUCAGAGUGUUGAAAAGGAUCUACAAAGCGCUCAGCAGCAGCUCAUCACUAAGGAAGAGCAGAUUUCAAAGUUAAAGGAGCAGUUGGAGGCCACGGUACAGAAGCUAAAUGAAACCAAAGAAGUGCUGAAAACAAAUGAGAAUGUUAUAAAUUGGCUUAACAAGCAGCUAAAUGAAAAGCAGCUGUCCAGAAAAGCACAGGGUCUGGAAUCACUGGAGAAUCCUGCAGUCUCAACCACAACAGCAGGACUUGGGUUUUAUCCUCAGACAGCCAAACCUGUUGUAUCUCCCAUGGCGGCUGCUGGGAUCAAUCUUACUGAUGAGCACCUCGGGAAGUCAUCAAACAGACAGAUUGGAGACUCUGCAGGUCUGGAUUCUAAGUACUUUGAGAAGAGAGAUGAUUGCAUCUCGAUCUAUGGUCUUUCAUCUAAUCCACGCCAAAGAGAGUUUCCUCAGAGUACAAAGCCAUCUAUAGCUUCAGCUUACUUCUCUGCAUAAAACAGAAGUUUCAGGAUCUAAUAAGCUGCCACUGCAGAAAGAUCACAAUGGAAAUGGACUUAAAAUCAUCAAGCCAUGUCUUCAGCUCUUGUACAGAACUGUUACUGUUGCAUUAAAUACAUUUGUUUUAAUGAGUGAUUCUUAUGGUUAAUUCUAGUGAUCACUGAGAUGUAAUAUUGUAUUUGAAAUAAAAUUGUUCUGUUUUUCUUAUGUUUCGGCCCCUAACUGUGUUUUACUGUAUACAGUGUACUCUUGAAUAAACAACUUUUCCAGUCUCA